ACAACGUUCCUCUGGCAACCACUAGCCACCAGUUUAGUGCUGUGCAGUGCCUUCAGUUCCGUGUGGAAGUAGUAAUCUUUCGGUUUUUCAUUUAAUUUUUGUAAAGAUCUCAUAAUGUCCUCCGGAGGCUGGGAAGUCGUCGGCAAGGGUAAAAAGGACAAAAGCAAUGGAAAACCAACAAAGCUGACCAAAGCGGAGAAGAAGAAAUUCAUAGAGAAUGCACCUAAAGUCGAGGAUUUUCUGCCCCUCAGUCAAGUGAAAACACUCUACGACAACUUGGAUGGGAACAAGGAGAACAAGAAGCCGACUAAGGAGAAGGACAAUAAGACCAAGGAGAAUGAGGAGAAGAAGAAGCAGCAAAAGCAGAAGCAGCUUGAGCAGAAGAAACAGGAGCCUAAAGAGAAGCCUCCAAAAUCUAUAGAGGAUGCAGUAAAUCUGAUAAAUGCAGCAUCUCUGGAAUCCUCAAUAAUUAAUGAUGAAGUUAGAUAUCCAGAUGCACCACUCAUUUGGUUAAAAAAUGUAGAUGCUUUUCUGAAUGCAAGCAUUCCCAUAGAGCGAGAUGAUCCACUAUUUGAUGGAAAACCACCUGGCUACCCAUUGAGUGUUGUGCCAAAAACAAUACGAUCGUUAUUGGAGAGAGUAAUUGAAAGAGCAGGACCACAAACUGUCAAAUUAUUUUAUGAAGGCACACUAACUGCCAUGGCUACAGACAUGGCCAAAGGAACGCCUGUAGUUGGACACAAAAUAUUCUUACAACUAUUGGCACAACACGAUCCUGACAUGACCAUCGCAAAUAUUCCAAAACUAAUCAGUUUGAGAAAAUCCUAUCAAAAUAGAAAGCCUAUUGGUCAGUCCCUAUUUUGGGUCCUCUAUCAGGCAGGUCGUAAAGAUUUAUCAGUUGGUUUAAAAGCAUGGCAUGAGAUUAUUUCACCUAUGUUGGAAAUAAAGAACUACUCAGGAUAUGUAGUGAAAGUUUUGAAUGAUAUGGUUGCUGAUCACAUGAGUAAUACAAAUAAUGUAACCCCCGAUAUGUAUUUGACUAUUCUGGACGACGUGUACUCAGGGAAAUUGAAUAUUCCUGCUACCAUUGUAAAAGAAGUCACUCCCGUUAUCGUGAACCUCCGCUCAAUAACAUUCAAAAACGAGAACGCCAAUUAUCGUAAAUUAUUGGAAACUCUUUUUGACAAAAUAACACUAAAAAUCAGCCCAAUUUACAGGGAUGAAUUACUUCAUGCUGUAGCAGCCUGCCUUAUGAUAGACGUUCGGUGCUACACUACCUGGAAGAAUAUUUAUUCCAAACAUUUAUACCAGUCUAGUGUCCUUCUCAAACACAUUGAUUCUAAUUGGAGUACAAUACAACCUACUUUAAAGAAAAAAGUACUUUCUGAAGUUUUGGCAUCCUUCCAAGUGUCAAAUGAUGGCUGGAAAACGGCCAAAAAGAAGGAUGAAUAUCUGUCGGCAUGUAUUAAAGGAUGUGAGGUAUUAGUAGCAAGAAUGACAGUGUCAAGGAGCUGGUUUCCCUGGAAGAAAGGAAGUCUACUACUAUUCCUUCUUAUCAGUGCCAUUGUAGCGAUUGAUUAUCGGAAGCAUGGCUCAUUCGAAGCCUCUAGUACUGGGAAGUUCUUGAAAGACAGUGGCAUUCUUGGGCAAGGGCAGAGGGCUUGGUCAACAACAAAAUACUAUUCGGCUAAAAGUCUCGAGUAUGCUGAAGCUAGUGCUCCGGAAUACUAUAAAACUGUUGUAGAUGUCUCCAUGCCUUACAUUAAAUUAGGUGGGGAUCUUUAUCUUGUGAUAAGAAAUGCCUCAUGGAAGCUGUACAACAAUAUAGCAGCUUAUGUGGCUCAUAAUGGACCUCUCGUUGCAGCAAGUAUCGAUCGUUAUGCACCGGGUCUCUUAGAAGAGACACGUACAAGAAGCAUUCAAGCUCUCGACUUUGUAAAGACUUAUUCUGCCCUGGCUGCAGAGCAUAUUGUUGAAUAUUCGACACAUGCUAUUCGCUGGCUAGAAACCAAUGUCUUUGUUGGUAAACUCAGUCCAGAGAGUCUUCAAAAAUACGCGAGUCAGGCGAUCAACACAACGCAAACCUUCGCCAGCCAAACGUAUGACUGGGUUUAUGAAAAGGUACAAAUACUGUCGAAAGUUCAGUGAAGCGGCGAAGUCAGGACAAUACGCCGUGAACCGACAAGUAAUAACAUAGUCGGCGAUCGAGAACUCUUCCAUACCUCAGCAUUUAUUUGUUAUAUAUAAACACGGGAAUCGAGAAACACGAGGACACUUAUUCGGAUGAGUAUUUAAUAAUGAUUCUCCGAAACGAAAAAUAAUACAAAAUGUUUCAGAAAAAUACAUAUGAGAAACUUUAACACUCGCAGUCCCUAUUCUACUCGAUAAACCCGGUGUCUCGUAAAAAACUCUAAAGUUUAAACCAAAGCGCGUGUUUGCCAUGACCUUUAUCACGUAGACAGGCAGGCGCAGUUUGACCAAAGUAUUGUUUUUUUAUUCCUAUUUUGGACAAUUCGCAGUGCGGCUUCGUAGAAAAGUAAAGAAAAAAUAUUUACGAGACCACAGAAGACAAAAAGGUGAACCCGCGCUGUUGGUAUGUAACCCCGAACAUAGUAUUUUGUACAUUUAUUCCAUAUAUUUCGUUUGUGGGUUUAGAAAUGUAGAAUGAGUAAAUGAUGAGAAAUAAAUAAUGCAGAAAGCUU